GCAAAGCGACAAGACUACAUGAAAAAAGAGGAUUACUUUAUGGCAGCUGCCUGCCUAGCUGCUCAAAGAAGCAAAGAUGCAAGUACUCAGGUUGGCGCCGUUAUUGUGAAUGAGACUGAUAAUAAAAUAGUGGGCACUGGAUACAACGGCAUGCCCGCUGGCCUCGAUGACGAACUUCCCUGGGAACGCGGAGAUGAGAAGAAUAAUUAUAACAAGAAAUACUUGUACGUAACUCACGCUGAGCUGAAUGCCAUCGUGAACAAGAACUGUGCAGAUGUGAACGGCUGUACCAUGUAUGUGACUCUGUUUCCAUGUAACGAAUGUGCCAAACUCAUCAUUCAGUCAGGCAUAAGGAAAGUGAUUUACUUGUCAAACAAGUACGAGACAAGAACUGAAACAAAGGCCUCUCGAAGAAUGCUUGACCAGGCCAUGGUUGAUACUCAGUGCACUAAGUAA